CUGCUGGCUAAUAGGUAAACCACAGACUGGGAGGAGCUGUAAACUCAAAGAACUCUGGGAUAACUACCAUGGGUUCCUGAAUAGCAGCUUCACAGGAAAUGUUUUGUAAUUAGAUUUUGACAGAGGUUAACAACCUGCAUCUUUCACUCUAAGACAGAAUGAUGCGUUUUAUGCUGCUUUUUAGCCGUCAAGGCAAAUUGAGGCUCCAGAAAUGGUACACUGUAAUGGUUGAUAAGGAGAAGAAAAAGAUUACCAGGGAACUUGUUCAGAUUGUGUUGAGUCGACAAGCCAAAACGUGUAGUUUUGUGGAAUGGCGGGAUCUCAAAAUUAUUUAUAAAAGGUUUGCUAGUUUAUAUUUUUGUUGUGCAAUAGAGGAACAAGAUAAUGAACUCCUGGCUCUGGAAAUCAUCCAUCGUUAUGUGGAAUUGCUGGAUAAGUAUUUUGGCAAUGUUUGUGAACUAGACAUCAUCUUUAAUUUUGAGAAGGCCUACUUCAUACUGGAUGAAUUUCUAAUUGGAGGAGAGUUGCAGGACACCUCAAAACACAGUAUACCCAAAGCAGUGGAGGAGGCAGAUAUGUUACAAGAGACUAUGGAAGAAUAUUUGGCCAAGCCAACAUUUUAACUUGGACUUUAGAAGGCCUGAAAGAUGGAUCUAAUUUAUAAAAUGUAUACAUGGAUUUAUUGUGUAUUUACAGUGGUUUAACAUUUAGAAGGAUAUAUUUUGCUACUGCUUCACAUUAUGGAAAAACGUACAAUGUCAACUAAAAUGCAGUUAGCAAGUUAGCACUAUGCAAUGUUCAGGCAUAAUAUUUAUAAUGGUUUUUGUAUUCAUAGCUCCUGAUGUACUUUUUGUUUCAAGUUUUCCAUUGCUAAUAAGCAGGAGAUAUGCUCCUUCACUGCAUUUUUUUUCAAAAUUAUAUACAUUCCUACAAAUCUCCAACCAGCAUAGACAGAUGCUGUUCUGUAAUUCAAAAAAUUAAACCUACCAAAUUACUUUUAAUUAUAAUUAAAAAUCAUCAACCCUGGAUUUUACCAAAUUUGGGUGUAGAACGGAAAUUAUAAAUUAAUCUAAUGGUAUGUUGAAAAUUAUCACCUCCAAAUCAGAUUUUAUCUUGUGAGAUUAUCCUGCAAACUGACAGAUCUGUUGCUUUAAUAUGUUAUGGGUUGUCUGAAGGUCUUAAGAAUUCUAAGCCAACUAAUUGUACCAGAAAAUAUCUGAUUUUUAAAAGAUGCUUUUUAUUUGAGCUGCUGAAACAAAAAUAUCUGAAUCUGAGUGAAACACAUCCAUAUUUAGUAGUGAUCUACUGCAGAUUACAAAUUUUAGAUCACAUAUGGGGAUGGUUUCAAUGUAGCACAAUGUAGAAAUCUUCUGUUCAAACCCCACUCCAGCAUUAAACACAAAAUGAUACCUCCAUACAACACAGGUAAAGAACUGCCCAAGUCAGAGGUGGCCCCUUCAAACCAGGGAUCCAUCUACUGUAAACCAAAACAAAAAUCAUAACACUAUUGAAAGAAGAGCGAUUUUACUUCCACCUACACCAACAAUAUGAAAAUUUUUGAUUGCUACUUUUAUUACUUAUAUUUACUUUUAUUAAUUUUAUUACUUUUAUUAAUAUUUUACCACAAGCAACUAUAAUGGUUCUUUCCUUGCCUAUGUAAUUUGAAUAUGAAGCUGAUGUUCACCGAUACCUAUUGGAAAUACAAAAUACAGUUAUCAUUUUCCAUACAAACCUGUAUAAACUCAGUACAUGUGAUAAGUUUCACUGUCUUAUUUAUUGUUAAUUGAUUAUUUUGUAAUCUGUAAGAUUGUCAUGUGCUUAUUUGUGCCCUAUGGUUUUACAGCAAGAUUGGAUUUCUUACAGACUAUUUUAUUGUGCUGUAGUGCAGCUCCAGAUUAAUUAUUGAUUUAUUUAAUGUUAAAGUAUUUUUUACAUUUUGAAGAUUAACCCAACAAACACCAAAAUCUCCAUUUAUAAAGUUUCCAUUUCAGCAAAUUAUAAUUUCAAGAAGCAAACAAUUAAGUGUACCCCUCAACAAAUUUCACAGGUUGUUUAAUCUAAUUUUUCAAGUGUUCUUUGUUGGGAAAGCUUGAGUACUUCAAUCAUGAACCAGAAAAUGUAUUUUAGGCCAAAUUAUAACAUUUGAAGAAUUUAGCAAAUCUGUUGCAAAAAAACAGAGUUGCAGCUGAAAGCUUAAAUACAGAAAUGGAAAUAAAAUUGUAAUUAAACUUGCUGAAUAGUAUGCUGUCAAUCAUUUUUCUGACCUAGGUUCUGCAAAUACUAAUGUUUAUUAUUGCUAAUGUGUACUUAUUCAUGAGACGUAUAGAGCUUGUGUACUGUGCUGUUUGUGUAUAUAUAAUGCAUCUGUAGUGAUUCUUUUCUAUAUCAACUUGAAAUAUAAACCAUCACAGUGCUCUCACCCAGUAACUUUGUACUUUUUCCACUUUUUUUUAAUAAAAAUGCAAUUGUCUUUGUUCUCUCC